UUGCCCCCCUCCCGGCUUACCUUCCGUGGCCCAGGCUCUUUGCCAGCCCAGUCCCCCCUAAGUCCCGGAGGCCGCCAGAGCUACACUCAGAGCAGCCCUGCUUUCAGCCCCCGGCCGCGCCCCCGCAGGCCUCCGCCCUUCGGCCGGCCCUCCCCAGGGGUCCCCCGUGGCCCGCCCCCACCCCCACCCGCGGAGCCGGGUCCUGCCUGCCCCUCCGGGAGCCUGGGCUGCCUGCCCGCCGUCCCUGCCCGCGCCCCCCGGGCGGCCCCAGGGCCCCGCAGCCUGGCUCCGCUGGCUCAGGAGUGGCCGAGUCUGCGCGACCCCGUGGAUCCCACUGCCCACUUCCCGGCAGGGAUCGGGGUCGUUCGUUGGCCAUUUCCUUCUCCAGGGGCCUGAGGCAAAGGUGAAGUGGAUCCCAGGGUCGCCCGCUAGUGCGCGUCUGAGGCUGGAUUUGGGUUUGGAGGGGAUGGCGCUCUAGCCACUGAGCCACUGAUCUGCCCCUCUGCCUCCCGGCUCCGUUAGCUCCUCAGCCCUCACUCCCCUGCACUCAGACUUUCUUUCUCUCCCAGCAUCCCCUUCACCUCGGAUCCUAUUCCAGUCCUGGAUUCUCUGCCCCGUACUCAAAUCUCUCGGCUUCCCGACCACUUCCCUCAGGCCACUUAGAAAUCUAGCCCCAGGUUCACCUUGGCCAUUUCCCGACCUGCCGGGGCCAGGGCCCUCCCCACCACCAUCCUUCCCUAGAUCCCUCCCUCCUGGAUCAAAAAGUCGAAUUCUUAGCUUGGGGCAAAUUUAAGAUAAUUUUAAUAACGAUACUUGAAAAUGACUGAUUUUCUUUCUCAUUAUUUUCUUUUAUGCAUUUCAGAAUAUUCUGAAAAGGGCCACACAGUCCAAUCAACUCCCAGACUCUCAUGGGAGCCUCAAAAGUUUCUUCUAGGAAUUCAAACUUGGCUUAAGAUACUCUGUAUGCUUGGGGGUGGGGAUGAAAGGAGAUAGGGAAGGGAGAGAAUAUGGAUAGAAAGCUCUGAUUCUAAAUUCAGAGAUGGGCUUGCUUCUUUCAUCCCAUCUGGGACUCUAAAGCCUUCCUGCUAUUUGGGGAUCCAUAGGGGAAAAAAAAAAAAAAAAAACUUGAGGAGGAAGGGAUAGAGGAGCAAGAAGGGAUGUCAAAAAUUGUUUCUGUCUCAACCUUCCAUGUUCCCAAACCUGACCUUUUUUUCCCACCCUCUUUUGCCUUAAGCCUCUCCCCCAGAACAAGGUCUGGGGCUCUUACUGUUCUUGGGACCUCCCUCUCUGUAGGUACUUUUGGAGAUGGCCAGCCUCUGGUCCGGGAGAGCAAGGGCAAGAGCCUUUCUCUUCAGGGAUCCUUUUUUAUCCCUAGCUCAGCCUGUGGAAGAUCCAGGACUGGCCCAAGAAGGGAGUAUGGAGCUAGAGGGAAUGGCCCCUGGAACUCAGAGAACGCUGUCCCUGAAAUCGGUGACUUUCAAGGAUGUGGCUGUGGACUUCAGUCAGGAAGAGUGGUGCCUUCUUGACUCUUCUCAGAAGGAACUGUACAAGGAAGUCAUGCUGGAGAUCUUUCAGAGCCUCCUCUCCUUAGGGCUUCCAGUUCCCAAAGCCGAUCUGAUCUCCCAGGUGGACCAAGCAGAAACACCGUGGAUCUUGAAGGAAGUAGAUACAAAGAACUCUGGUCUAGAUGGGGAGACCAAGCCAAAAAUCAAGGAAACUACAGAAAAGCUGAGCAUUUCCUGUGAUUUAAAAUUAAGAGAGAUUUGGGAUUCAGAUGUCAGGUUAGGGAAGAAGCAAGGCAACUGGGAGAGUGAUUCAAAACAAUUAAAAAUGAUCCUCAGGAAAACUAAUGAAGGAAAAGGUGAUGAACAUAAUAAAUCGGAAAGAAAUUCUAAUCAGAGGUCAAAGAUUCAUCCUCAACACACUGAAAGUAGGAGGAGCUCACGGCAAUAUUCAGACCUGUAUGAAUGUAAGGAAAUCACCUCAGGGAAUGGAUAUUCCAAAUAUAGUAGAUAUGGGGAGUGCUUUGAUGAGGAGAUCGAUCUUAUUCAGCAUCAUGGAAUGAAAGGUUUUCAAGGUGAUCAUUGUGAGACGUCCUUGAGUUUGAGUCCAAAUCUUAUUAGUCAUCAGAAGAGUAAUACUGGAGAAAUGCCUUAUAAUUACAACGAACACAAUAUAACCUAUAACUCAUCUCUUAGUCUACAUCAGAAAGUUCCUACGGGAAAGAAAUCUUAUGAAUGUAAUCACUGUGGAAAGAUCUUUUUUCGGAAUACAGAUCUUAGUCAACAUCAGAAAAUUCACAGUGUAGAAAAGGCUUAUAAAUGUAAUGAAUGUGGGAAGGCUUUUAGCCAGAGUAGAGACCUUCAUAGACAUCAGAGGAUUCAUACUGGAGAAAAGCCCUAUAGAUGCAAUGAAUGUGGGAAGGCCUUUAGUUAUAGCUCAUCCCUUAUUGCACAUCAGAGAAUUCAUUCUGGAGAAAAACCUUAUGAAUGCAAUCAGUGUGGAAAGGCUUUUAGAAAUCACUCCAACCUUGCUGUCCAUCAGAGGAUUCAUACUGGCGAGAAGCCAUAUAAAUGUAAUGAAUGUGGAAAGGCUUUUAGCCAGAGCAGAGACCUUCUUCGACAUCAGAACAUUCACACUGGAGAGAAACCCUAUAAAUGUAACGAAUGCGAGAAGGCCUUCAGCCAGAGCAGAGACCUUCUUCGACAUCAGAACAUUCAUACUAGAGGGAAACCUUAUAAAUGUAAUGAAUGUGAGAAGUCCUUCAGCCAGAGUACUUCCCUUCUUACCCAUCAGAGUAUCCAUGCUGGCGAGAGGCCCUACAAAUGUAACGAAUGUGGGAAAGCUUUCAGCCGAAGCUCAAAUCUUAGAGUACAUCAGAGGAUCCACACUGGAGAGAAGCCUUAUGAAUGCAAUGAAUGUGGGAAGGCCUUUAUCCUAAAAUCAUCUCUUAUUUUGCACCAGAAGGUUCAUACUGGAGAGAAAACUUCUAAAUAUAAUCAACGUGGAAAGGCUUUUAGACAGAAUUUUCACUUUGCUGCACAUCAGAGAAUUCAUACUGGUGAGAAGCCCUAUAAAUGUAAUGGAUGAAGGAAGGCCUUCCUCUGCAGUUCACACCUUACUGGCAAUGAUAGAAGUUGUAUUGGAAUGAAUCUAAUUGAUGUGGGAAGGAAGGUCUUUAGCUGGAGCACAGGCCUUCUAGGAUAUUGGAAAAUUCAUACUAUAGGUAAAGCCAUAGAAAUGCAAUUAAUUUUUUCUGUGAAUGCCUUAUGUCUAUCAUUUCUUAUUGCCCAAUAAUACCCUAGAACAUCGAUAGACUAUACUUUUUCUCUCAUUCUCCAAUUAUUAGUAUUCUCAGUUUUUAGCUACCUAAGAGAAGUGCUGCUGUGAAUAUUUUAAUGUAUAGUAGACUUUUCCAUCUGUCAUUGACUUUUGGGGGAUAUAAGCCUAGUAGUAGAAUUGGCUGACCAAAGGGUAUGGAGAGUUGUGAGUUUUCUUGUAUAAUCCAUUUGUACAUUAAAUAAAAAAUACUUCAAGUUU